GAGAUACUGGAGAGGAGAAGCUGCUGAUCUGUGAGCACUUUAACCCUGGUGAAGUAGCAGCAUGGCAGCUGUCAGUGAGGCUCGCAGAGUGCUGGUGUAUGGAGGAAAAGGAGCUCUGGGCUCUAAAUGUGUUGACUUUUUCAAAUCUAAAAACUGGUGGGUUGCAUCCAUAGAUAUUGCAGAAAAUGCAUCAGCAAGUGCAAACGUGGUAGUGAAGCUGUCAGACUCUUUCACUGAGCAAUCUGAUCAGGUCUCAGUAGGGGUUGAACAGAUUUUGGACGGUCAGAAGGUUGAUGCCAUUUUGUGCGUGGCAGGAGGUUGGGCUGGUGGAUCUGCAAAAGCAAAAUCAUUUUACAAGAGCUGCGAUCAGAUGUGGAAACAGAGUGUAUGGACAUCCGCUAUUUCCAGUCACCUUGCUUCUAAACAUCUGAAGGAGGGAGGUCUGCUUACAUUAGCUGGGGCUAAGGCAGGAUUGUCUGAAACGCCAGGAAUGGUUGCCUAUGGCAUGGCAAAAGCAGCUGUUCAUCAGCUAUGUCAGAGUCUUGGAAGCGAGAAGAGUGGUUUGCCUGUUAAUUCUUCUGCUGUGGCCAUACUGCCCGUUACCUUGGAUACGCCAGCCAACAGAGCGUCUAUGCCUGAUGCAGACUUCACUUCCUGGACACCAUUAGAUUUUAUCGCUGAAACAUUUUUUAAUUGGACCACUGGGAAGAGUAGGCCGAAGUCUGGUAGUCUGGUUCAGGUUAUUACAGAAAAUGGCAAAACUGAACUUGUUCCAGCUCAUCUUUAAAUGUAUCUGAAAAUAGCAACCGUGCUUUAAAUUCACAUUCUACUUAUUUUAUUACAAAUAUAAUUUUGUGUAUAAUCAUUGUAGCCCUAUGCGUCCCUUAAUCCUGUGCGAAGAGGCCUUGGUAUAUCACACACUAUUUUUUUGAACUAUUUUACCUGCAGUAAAGAUAAUUAAUGUGAUAAAAAUGGAAAUAAAUAAAUCUGUUCUCUCAGUAUGGUAA